AUGGACAAAGACCGCUUUCCGAUGGCGCCCUCGCGAGAACCGAACCCGCUGCGACCUUACUACAUACCGCCCUCGAUCGGUCCCAAACCAUCAGUAUCCGCAUCGCAAACACCUGCUAUCGGGAGGACUAGUGCACCGCGGCCAAGUGCGUCGAUAUCAAGCACUGCGCGUGAUUUGUUCCCAGAGCUGGACCUGGACCUGAAAUCAACGACCAGUGAAGCAUGGCAGCACACAAGGAGCUUGUUCGACACCCUUGCGUGGAGGUAUACAUCGGUACUGCUUGCGCAACCGUUCGAUGUGGCCAAGACAAUACUACAAGUCUCCCUGCCUCCAGCGAGCACGGUGGCUACGCCGCAGAAAAAGAAGAACGCGCAAUUUGCACAUGGGAGCUCGAGAGGGCGAGGGAGUCGAUAUGAGGACGAGACGGAGGAUAGCGACAGCGACAGAAGCGACGACAUACCCGAUUAUUUCACCGCAACAGCACCGCGGAGUCGAUCGCCCAGGAAACGCAGAAGAACGCCCCCUAGUGAAGAUCUGUCACCCUCGCCUACACCCCGACCUAGGAACCGCAAAGAACAGGAUGCAGUGGAAGAUUACAAAGUCCGGGUAAAGAAGCCCGAUGCUAUCAUGCAUGCUAUCUCUGCAUUGUACAAUACGUCUGGAGCUGUAGGAUUAUGGCGAGCAAGCAACACCACCUUCCUGUACUCGAUACUUCUACGAACGACCGACUCCUUCAUCCGGAGCUUACUACUUGCUAUCCUUGGACUACCAGAGUUGCCGGGUCCGGAUCAAGGUGGGCUGGCUCCAGGAUUAAGUGCCUCCGGUGGUGCUGGAUUCAGCGGUAUCGAUCUCAGCGACAGCCCAAACGCGAUUGGUUCUCUGAUAGUCGUUGGGCUCGCCAGUUGUCUGACAGGUUUGCUUCUUGCGCCUCUGGACUUGGUGAGGACACGGCUGAUUGUCACGCCGCUGUCGACACCUCCGAGGGGGCUGGUUCAGAACCUUCGACGGCUGCCAUCACUCGUCGCCCCGUCUAACAUGUGGCUUCCGACUGCGCUUUACCACUCCAUCCCAAACAUUUUCUCGGCAGCCACACCACUCUUCCUUCGGCGUCAAAUGCUAAUCACUCCAGAACUGGCCCCUAUUUUGUGGUCAUUGGCGGCAUUUACGACUAGUCUGACGGAACUGUUCAUCCGUCUACCCCUUGAGACUGUAGUGCGACGAGCUCAACUAUCGACAAUCACGAAAGCUGAACCACAGACGCAACUCGUGGUCGACCCUGCCCCUUACAGCGGUGUAUGGGCCACUGUCUACAGCAUAAUGUAUCUGGAGGGAGAGACCACGACAAGGGCUGCCAACGGAAUGUUGCGUACCCGCCGCGGUCAAGGUGCUGCUGGGCUGGUAAGAGGUUGGCGUGUUGGGUUCUGGGGAUUGGUCGGUGUGUGGGGUGCUGGUGCUCUCGGUCCUGGCGAUGUUAAAGGCAGGCCAGGCGAGUUUUGA